CCAUUCUCUCAGUGACUACAAUUCAGAGAUUUUAUCUGAUCACUGUCGACUGCGGCGCUGGUUACGCCGUCACGUGACACUGAUCAGUUCGGCUGUAUUGGCCGCCAAGUCAAGGACCCCCCAAGCUUGAAUAAUAAUAAUCGUACAGAACAGAAGUGAGACAAAAAUAAACAAGCGAUAACAGCUGAAAGCCAUUGGUGUAUCGCCCUGGUUCCUCGACAGGACAUUCGCCCACAAUUUGGUUUGUCAUUUACUGUUCAUCCCUUACAAAUAAGUGAAGCUAAUUAUUGAGUUAUUGGGGUUCAUGAUGCCGAGCAACAAGAAAAAAACACGAUUUGCAAUCAAACAAAAUAAUGGCAAAACUCUGAGUCGAUCUGAGAAGUCAAGUGGACCUGAUUUAAUUAAUACUCUGAAUGACGAUUGCCUGGGGAGAGUUUUCAUGUACCUUGAUGUGUGGGACAGACUCAAGGUUCAGCAAGUUUGCAAACGUUGGAGGGAAAAUCCGCGGCUGGUCUGGGGUGACCUUCGAGUCCUGGACUCUGAGAAAUCUGGGCAGCUGGCUGGGAGCCUCUUGGACAACGCAGGUGUCGGGAGGAUCUUGAGACAAGGUGGAUUCUUCCUCAGAGAAUUAAAGCUCUUACAGCUCUGCACAAGUCUUAUUCUCCCAGUCGUUGCCAAGAAUUGCGAAAAUCUAACUACACUGGAGAUUGAGCUUCCCUACCACGACAUGAACAGCACCCAGUGGUUUCCGAAAAUGGAGAUGCUGAUGUACUUCAGGAUGCAGGCGAAUGCACUACAUUUCACCGACAAUUUCUUCCAGACUCUGCCGUACGAGAGUCUGACUGAGCUUCACCUCACCGUGUGCUCCACAGACGGUCAUACUCCAGCAUAUCUACCUCGUGCAGCUGCCAGUGCCAUCGAGAAACUCACAAAACUGACAGAUCUGACCCUGAGCCGCUUUGCCCUGACCCCUCAUCUGCUGGCAAGUAUAAACCAGAAUUCUAACUUAACAUUUCUGGCUCUCCCGAAUUGCUCUGUCAGACGAGGAUUCUCCCCUUUGAGUGGUCUCAUCAACCUUGAGUACCUCAACCUCUCCAAGAUUCAGGAAGUCACGGAUCAGUUUGUCAUUCAGAUCUCAGACACUUGCAAAAAACUGAAGACCCUGAACCUCAGUGACUGUUACAAUCUAACCGACAAUGGCAUCAGGGAUCUCCACAAUCUCCAGCUCGAGGACCUGCGCCUGAGCGGUGUCUACACCAUUACAGAUCGACCUUUGGCUCAGUUGCAUACCCUCAGGAAGUUGGAGUGUCAUGGCUGCAACAAUAUUGGAGACAAUGGAAUACUCACUCUCAUGCGAUCAGCUCCUAAUUUGGAGUUCCUGAAUCUGUGGAAAACUGCUGUGGGCUCGAAGGUACUGACAGAAGCAGCUGCUAUUAUCAGACAAAGGAAUAAUGACGUUCCAUUUCGCAUUUUUGCGAGUCCCAACGUGAGACCUACCAUCAACCAUGAAGACUGGUUUCCCUUUCUGAUUAUCAGUCAUCUCUCUCAGCUGAUUGAUUCAGGCAGCUCUGAUGACAGCAGUGACACUGAGGACGCUGAUGACAGUGAAGAUGAUGAUUAAUUUGGUCGAUAUGUACACACAACAAACUAUCGUGAUUAUCGAUUUAUUGCUGUUAAGAGGAGAUGUUGAGUUUAAUGUUCAUCUGGUUCGUACUUAUGUGAUGAUCAUUUCCCGAAAAAGACCUCACACGUAAUUUACUAAUUUAAAUUAAACACGUAAUUUACUUUUUUCGAGAAAAUUCAAGCUUCACAGGUCUUUAAAUCUCUAAACUUAUCGUGACAUUGUGACAAAGACAGAAAAAUGUAAUUGUUUGUGAGGAAUAAAAGAGCGGUUCUAAUGAUUCAUUA